GUGAGAGACGUUGACCCAUGGGCACAGAGCAUUGUGGGUAGUGCCGUCAUCCAGCUGUAUAACGGCGACGCCCCCCUGCAAGCCUCUUCCUCCUGUCCUGCUCCCUGCCUGGAAUGUCUGUACAUGUUCAACUACAUGAAAUACUGGUAUGUCCCAGGUGAUGUGGUCAUUGGUGCUAUUUUUGAUGUCCACUAUGCCGGGUCAGGUCCAUUUAUGUGUGGAGCCGUCAGAAAGUGGAAUGGAGCUCUGUACACAGAAGUCUUUAACUUUGCUUUGUCCAGAAUCAACUCAGGGGCUGCCUCAGUCAAACUUGACAACUUCAAACUGGGAGGUCUCGCGGUUGAUGGGUGUUCAAACCCCAUUCGCUCCACAGCCAUUGUGAACCGGGUUCUGACGGGGAUGGACAUUCGGUCGGCAGCCAGUGGGGAGAUGUUUGAUUCCAACUCUCUGGUGUCGUGGAUGACCUAUGACAGUCAAACAACUAUUGACACCGCUAGGCUGUUGCAGGCUUUAAACAUGCCUGUUGUGAGCCCAGGGGCAACAGCGUUAGCCCUCAACGACAAAAAGGAGUUUUAUACCUUCUUCCGUACGAUUCCCUCUGACUCUCUUGUGGUGAAAGGAAUGGCUGAUUUCAUCAAUGCAAUGGGCUGGAAAUACGUGCUGGUACUGAAUAGCCCAGAUGAAACGAAUCGAGAAGCCAAAGAUCUCUUUAAGAAGCAUCUGGAGGGAUUCGGGAUUUGUGUCGUGGCCUCGUACGAGUUUCAGACGGAUGGAUCAAACGAGGUCAUCAUCCGAGGAAUAGAUGAAGCCGACACACAAAUCGUGGCCGUUUUCUCUGAGCCAGAUCGCUACAUUGAGAGUUUCAUCACUAAAAAAUCCAACACUCUCACAUCCACCCCGCUGACUUACAUUGCCAACAGGAGGUGGGGAAGGUUUACGGAACAGUUCAUCAACACGGCCACUGAUGUGUCGCUGGUCAACUCUGUGUUCUUUGACCUGGACAGCCCAACCAUCGCGGAGUUCACCAACUAUCUCAAUGGGCGUGACGCGCUAACGACUGACAACAACCCCUGGUUCCAGGAGAUCUAUGAGGAGGUCAUGGGCUGCAACUUGCCGGGGUCUUUCAUCCCAGGCCGGGGGAACUGUGAUACCACAAAGUAAGUCACGUGUAGACUGCCAAAAAUCUUGUCA